AUGAAUACUUAUAUUCUCUAUAAUAUUGCUGGUGCUAGGACAAUUGCUAGACAGGCUAACAAAACGCGCCGCACAAGGGAAUUCUACUCGCAAGGACUCGUGCAAGAAAUUCCACGAUGCUGUUAUGGGAAGUGUGGAGGGAGAUACGUAGCACCCAGUUGUGAUUUAAGAUUCGAGACUACCCCUUUCUAUGACUUGAACGUUGAGGAAUCAUCGCCACUGCCACCACCACAGUUGCUUCCCCCUGCAGAAGGAAACGGAAGUAACUCAACAAGAAUUGCAAUUCUUAUAGUCCUGCUGAUCGUCGCUUCUUUUGUUCUAAUCAUAUGCAUUUGCAUCAUCUAUACAAGACUAGUGAAGAAAUCAAGGGAGCAACUUCAAAGUAAGUUAAGAUCUACCAUAUAUGAAAUUAGUAGUGCUGAAGAAAGGCUGCAAUUCGAGUAUCGGAUAAUUGAAGUUGCUACAGAGAACUUUUCUGCUCAAAACAAGCUUGGAGAAGGAGGAUUUGGUGCUGUUUAUAAGUUAAUUCAAGAUAAUCGCGGUAAGUUUCCAAAUGGAAAGGAAAUAACUGUGAAGAGGUUGUCCAUGGGCUCUCCACAAGGAGAUGCAGAAUUUAAGAAUGAGGUCAUGUUAGUGGCUAUGCUUCAACACCGAAACUUGACAAGGCUUCUAGGAUUUUGCUUGGAAGGGAGUGAAAGGCUUCUAGUCUAUGAGCUUGUAAGGAAUUCAAGCCUUGAUAAGUUCAUAUUUGAUCCAAUCAAACGUGCACAAUUGAAUUGGGAAGUGCGUGACAACAUUAUACAAGGCAUUGCUCAAGGACUUCUUUACCUUCACGAAGAUUCGCGACUUCGUAUUAUACAUCGUGAUCUCAAAGCUAGCAACAUUUUAUUAGAUGCAGACAUGAAUCCCAAGAUUUCAGAUUUUGGGACCGCAAGAUUAUUUGAAGCAGAUCAAACUCAAGCCAAUACACACAAAAUUGUGGGGACCUAUGGAUACAUGCCUCUGGAAUAUGCAAUACGCGGACACUUUUCAGUAAAAUCCGAUGUGUUUAGUUUUGGCGUGUUAGUUCUAGAGAUAGUGAGCGGUAAAAAAAAUAACUCUAGCUUUCAGGGAGAGAAUGAAGCUGGCUGCCUUCUAAGUUAUGCAUGGAAAAACUGGAGGGAGGGGACAACCUCAAAUCUUGUAGAUGCCACAUUAAAGGCCAAGUCAACAACUCAAAUAAUGAGAUGCAUCCACUUUGGAUUAUUAUGUGUUCAAGAAAAUGUGGCUGAUAGACCAACCAUGGCUACAGUCGUCCUCAUGUUUAAUAGCCACUCUGUUACUCUACCAGUGCCCACAAGACCUGCAUUUCUUAUGCACAACACCAAAUCAGAUGUGUUGUCCCAAUCAGAGAACGGUGUUGGCGUAACAAGACCAGAUAGGCGUCGAAGUAGAUCUGUCCAAGCCUCAAGAAAUGAAGCUUUAAUAUCUGAGCUAGAUGGCCGAUAA